CACACACACACACACACACACACACACACACACACACACACACACACACACACACACACACACACACACAAUGCAUAAGCCAGCCGUCAGUUCAACUCUCAUCUCUCCAGGACAAGACAUGAGGCUGCAGCUGUCGAUGUGAUGGUAGUAUAGCCAUGGAAGAUGCUGUCAACUGCUUUGACUCAGCCAGCCAACACCAGCUCAAGCUUUUGACAAGACAUAUCCUUGGAAUAGAAGUGAGACGGGGAACCCUGAUGUGAACACGAUAGCCCAGCGAGAAAAUGAUUACUUUUAAGUUACACUGAACAAGACCCACAUGGAUCACAUUUGGAAAGUCAUUGAAUUAAUCCUUUAAGAGGUGUGAUUAUUAUAAAGCACCCACAGUUUGAAUCCAAACUUAUCUUUGCUAGUUGGUGCAUUGUUAAAACAGACAUAAUGUCACAAACUUAAGUCCAGCAAUGUUGUGUAAAAUAGCAGUAGGUCUCAUCCUGACCCUCCUCAUUCUCCUGACAAUAAGCGGCAACAUUCUGGUGUGCCUGGCAGUCUGCGCCUCCAGACGCCUCCGAUGCCUCACCAAUUGCUUCAUCGUGUCGCUGGCGGUGACCGACCUCCUGCUGGGCCUGGUCGUCCUCCCCUUCUCUGCUCACCUGCAGCUCACCAACGACUGGCCGCUGGGUCCGGUCUUCUGUAAUUUCUACAUCUCCAUGGACGUCAUGCUGUGCACCGCUUCCAUCCUCACCCUCCUGGCCAUCAGUGUUGACCGCUACUUGGCAGUGACCAUGCCCCUCAGGUACACCUCACUGGUGCUGCCUUGGAAGGUAGUAGUGGCUAUGGCGAGCGUCUGGACCGUAUCGGUGUCCGUGUCGUUCUUGCCCAUCUACAUGGGAUGGAACACGGUGAAUGGGACCGUGCAAAACUACGGGCCGCGUGUUCCAGAGAGGACGUGCCGCUUCGAGCUUAACAGGCCGUACGUUUUAACAGAUUCCCUUCUUACCUUCUACCUGCCUCUGCUGGCUAUGUGCUGGACAUACCUCAGAAUACUUCGCAUCGCUCGGGCACAAAUUAAGCGCAUCAUCAGCACUCGCCCUACGUGCGUCACCAGCUACAGCUGUAGGAGCACCCAAUCAACCAUCACCACUGUGGUCUCAAGUAUCCCAGCGUCGGCCCUCAGGGAGCACAAGGCCACAGUGACACUGGCGGCAGUCAUAGGGGCGUUUGUGGUCUGCUGGCUGCCUUAUUUCAUCCUCUUCACAGCGCUGGGCCUGCAAGAGCACCCCGACCCCAACAAAGUGCCACAGUUCUCCAUUGUCCUGUGGUUGGGUUACACCAACUCUGCCCUCAAUCCCAUCCUCUAUGGCGCACUGAACAGGGAUUUCAGAUCGGCCUACGCUCACCUAUUGAGAUGCCGGUGGCCCACUUACAGCGCGUGGAGGUGCAGGCAUCGUUCUGCCACCGUGACAACAGCCAGAGAACAGCUCAUGGAGGUGACGCUGCUGUGUGGACACACGCCCAACAGCUGCAGAGCGGGUCACAUGGAUCAGAACUUUAUGCUCCAAGAAACAAACAGAAGAACAAACUCGGCCAUAAUUCAGAUUGCAAUUGGUGCAACUGACACAGACGUCGACGGCAAUGAAGGGAAGGCCACACAGCUGACUGACGUGCCAUGAUGCUUUUCUCUGCGCCCAGUUUCAUGACAUCACAAAUAUGCAACCAUACCAGAGGGGAUGGAUUGAGGAGCCAGGCAGCAGCACAAGCCACAACAGAGAGACCUGUUAGCACAGUCAGUAAGUAAUCGAGUCAAAUGGAAGACCUCAUAAGACCGAAGCAUCAAUGCACACUUCAUCCCAAAAGAGGUGAUACAACAAAAAGACAACUUCUUUACAUUUUAUUUGCUACUGUAUCACAUCAUCACUAAUAAUGGCAGCAACACUCUCCCGAUAUGUAUGCCUGGAGGAACUAACAUGACCACAAAAAGUAUUGUACAUUUGGAUGCUUCAUCAAGAGUGCUCUCUAGUGGUAGCAUGAAGAAUUACAAGCUAUCUCUUGCUUCAUAGAUGAUGAGAUCUACUGUAUUAGAAUGUAGUAUCCAUUCAUCCAUUUUCUACCGCUUGUACCUCUCGGGGUCGCGGUACUCAGUUAUAAAAUGAUUUUAAUAAAUAUGUACUUGUAUUUAAAACGACUGACUUGUUAGCACUCAUUGUAUACGUUAAAGAAUACACCUGAAGUUCUUCCACACUCUAAGCUCAUCCAAUCAUGACUUAAUGAAUAUUGUUUUGACAUAAAAGGGGCUUCUCCAAACUGUUUUCAGAAAGCUUUAAGCAUAGCAUUUUCCAAAAUGUCUUUGUGAUAUGAUUUAAGAUUCAGCAGGAAAUAAGGUGUCUCGUCCAGCUCCCAAUUGGUGUAUUUAUUGAUUAAGAACUUUGUCUGGACACUUUUCGAAUGCAUGGUACAUCCAGGCCUCUCCUUUUUUUUUUACAUUCAAAUGUCAA